AUGUCUCUUGCCUGUAACUCGCCUCCAUAUAGUAUAGAUCUAGACGGAAAUUACAUUUUGCAUGUACCCGCUGAUACUCCUAUUUUCAGGGGUGAUGAAUACGAAUGGGAGCAUCCUCUGGGUGUGGGAUCUUAUGGAGGAGUACAUAAAGUGCGUAACAAGGAAAGCAACAAGUGUUUCGCCAUUAAAGAAAAGCGAAUAUGGCCAAAAGAUGAGAUCUUGAAAAGGGUUUAUCAAGAAAUCAAACUCGCAGGGAAUUUGAUUCAUCCAAACAUUCUUACCAUUCUUGCUGUCGAGAGCCUCCCCGGAAAAGUUAGAUUUCUUUCCAACUUGAUGGGUAUGGACAUGGAUAAUUUUCAUUGUAAAGAUGAAGCAAUAUUGGCUUUUGUGGCAAAACAGCUUUUAGAGGCUCUUUCCUACCUUAAUCAACAAGGCAUUGUCCAUAGAGACCUGAAACCCUCAAAUAUCUUGUUGUCUCGUGAUUGUAGCUUGAUUAAAAUAUGUGAUUUUGAGACUAGUGUAAACGUAUCAACCCAUGUUUCACCACUGACGGAUGCCGGUGUACUCAAGUACUCAGCACCAGAAUUGCUGGACACUAGUCUAAGCGUUAAAGGUACGUACAAUUCUGAUACCUGGAGCAUGGGCCUGUGUCUUCUCCAAUUUUAUCUGAAUCGGUUUCCGAUCAAGUUUAAGAGGAAUGACUUCGCCAGUGUGUUGUCUCAAAUUGUAUUUGAUGGUGAACCUCCAACAGCGCCGCCCGAUUGCUCCAAAGAAUUUCAAGAUUUCAUUUCCCUAUGUCUACAGCGCCAACCCAACAGAAGAGCUAGUCUUCAAAAACUGAAGGAACAUGAUUUCAUCAAGUUGAACACCACUGUAGGCAGAGACGGCAAGAAUCUUGAUGAAAAAUAUUGCUCUAAAUUCUGUUUGGUUGGGAACGUGGGAUGA